CCGAUGCAGGGCUAACGGGUAGGAUUAGUCCGUUUUCUGCACCGCGGCGCACCGUCCCGGCUUCUCUUGCCUUGUUGACCGUGUCGCGACAGCGGAGGAGAGGGGUUAGGGUUCUUGCGCUCUGAUUUCUCUCCCUGCACGCCGCCGCCGCCGCCGCUGCCAUUGCUGACCGGAAAAUAGGGGAGCGGAGGAUGGAGGGAACUAGCCGUGCGGACGGGAGGAACCCGAACCAGCUCCGUCCCUUCAGCUGCACCGGCAACCCGCUCAACCGCGCCCACGGCUCCGCUCGCUGGGCGCAGGGCGACACCGUCGUGCUGGCCGCCGUGUACGGGCCCAAGCCGGGGACCAGGAAGGGGGAGAACCCCGAGAAGGCCUGCAUCGAGGUCGUCUGGAAGCCCAAGACCGGCCAGAUCGGAAGGCAGGAGAGGGUGUAUGAGAUGACACUCAAGAGGACGUUGCAGAGCAUCUGCAUGCUCACCGUUCAUCCAAACACCACCACCUCUGUCGUGCUUCAGGUUGUGGGUGAUGAUGGCUCUCUUCUGCCAUGUGCAAUUAACGCUUCCUGCGCUGCCCUUGCAUUUGCUGGCAUCCCUUUGAAACAUCUUGCAGUCGCAAUUGGCUGUGGGGUGGUGGAGAAUGGUGGGGUUAUUUUAGACACAAACACGGCAGAAGAGCAGCAAUUGAAGUCCUUUGCUCAUCUGGUGUUCCCCAGUUCGCGCAAGGUGGUUGGUUCGAAGGAACCAAAACAGAAAGACGUGGAGUUUGAGCGAGGAUUGAUAACCUCUAUCUCCCACGGAGUGAUGUCUGAGGACGACUACUUGAACUGCAUAGAGAGAGGUGUUGCGGCGUCCUCACGGAUCUCGGAUUUUAUGAGGAAGACUCUGCAGAAGGAGGCCGCGUCUGUAGCUGCUUGAGUGACAUCAUGUUUGACAGCAUAGUGUGAUUUUGGUGGCAGCUCAUGUUGCAGUGGAGGAGGCAACGAGGAAGUGCUACCUGAUCCAGUUGCCGCGGUGCGCGCCCUGGAUGAACCUGACAUGGGCGCUGAACCAUUCAUUGUAGAGGCGAUUGGUGGGGAUCUGAUGUUGUUCUCAGCCUCACCGGGAUUGGGAUUUGGGAGCUUGAACAAGUUGAGAUGGGAUGAGGUUGUACUAUUUGUGCACAAUACUAUUUGUGGAGUCAGAUUUACUCCAGGUUGGUUUGUGUUGGCUGACA